AUGAGGACUCUGAGGAGAAUGGUGUUGGCCCGAAAAAAUCCAAGAAAAGUCAUGGCAGUUCUCAGUCAUGAGACAGAAAAUAAAAGUCAGACAACGGAGAAAAGUCGAACUAAGAAGUCCAACAACAGCGAUGAUCCCAAAGCGAAAAUUGGAGAUUCGCAGAACCUGGUUCCGGAGACAAUUCUUGGUGCUACUGACAUCAGUGGGCCGCUUAUGUUUCUCAUGAAGUGUAAUGGAACGGACAAAGUUGAAUUGAUUCCCGCAAAGGCGGCGAAUGUCAAGUUCCCUCAAGCCGUCAUAACGUUCUAUGAACAGAGACUCAUUUGGCAUUCUGUUAAGGAUAGGGCUAGCGAAUAA